CAUGUUUCCGUGAAACAAAGAAUGUUACAAUCUCUGAUGUCUCUCUGGAAGGCAACCCUUGCUCGGAUUUUGUCUACCUUGUUGUCAAGAGACUGGAUAUUAGCGAGUAGUAUGUUCGGGAUCGGUGCGUGACCAGAAGACCGCUCCGUCUGCCCCUUCUAUACUGUACUACUGGGACUAUACUGAGGGUCAGGCUGUUGAAAUGCAGUUGAUUAUGUAAAUAGUCUUGUAGAACUGUGGUACUGAUGGUCCCUUCAAGGGUGAGUCAUUGAUAUGAGUGCUCAGAGUGAAAGAGCUGUGAACUCACCUGUGUUCAUAUGUGUUCAUACACACAGUAACAAUGAGAGGGGGUGUAGCAUGCACAGGGAAGGACCAGGAAGUUGAUCUCAGAUUCUAUUCAGAGUUGACAGAUUGACACUGAGGACAAACCCAGCCUGCCUCUCUCUUUCCACACUCUAAAUCUACAGUCACUGGGUCCUGAUUGUGACAGUGGAGUCUAGUUUGCACUGCAGGAUCCAGAGAUGGCAUCAGUAGGCAGGUUUCCAUUGACCCAGGUUUAUUAGACAAAAUAACCCACCCCAAAAAAAUCGGGAAACAUUGAAGAACCACAGUGACAUUACGUGGGGGCGUAAGAAUUGCACUGCUAAGAUCAGAGAUUCAUCUCCUAAGUACAUACUGUACCUAGUCUCUGAAUACCAAUCAAGUAAUCUUACAAACAGGACUUCAAGUUGUAAAAUAGUAAACUACUCCUUUAAUGGGGUGGUAGAUUCUAUGAAAGGGAUGUUUCACAAAAAUAACUUUAUUGUAGUAUUUUGUUCAUUAGCAAUCACUUUCAGUACAAAGCUAAAAGUUUGAUGAUGAUAAUGAUAUGAAAAUGUCUUUAUGAUAAUUGCAUGAAAUUUGAAUCAUCACACUUUUUGCUGUGUACUGUAGUGUACCCUAAUCCUGGUCCUGGGGAUCCAUAGAGGUGUGCUUUUUUGUUUUUGUCCCUAACACUCACACACUGGAUUCAACUAAGCAACUCAAGCCUUUGAACUGAAUAAGGUAUGUGAGUGUGAGGGCAAAAACAUACAUGUACACCCUUUGGGACCAGGAUUGGGGAACACUGCUGUACUGAAAGUCCUCCAUCUUGAGAACUUCACUGCUGAAGUGCACAUUAUUUGGAUUGUAUACAGGGUGAAGAAACCAAGGUGGACAUUUGUAAUUUGAUUGAAAUAUUCCUUAAAUUGUCGUUCAUUUGGAGUUACAUUUAGUUAGAGGUGCAUUUGCUCUAAGCAUGUCCUAUAAAUAAAUAUUCAUUUAUUUUUCAAAGAAAACUGCUUUUGUCAUCUCUUAAAGAUUUUUUUACUUAAGUUCUUUAGUUUACACCACUGGGGAGGCGGCGGCAGCAGCAUCUAUCCCCUUCUCGUGUAUAGGGCCAUCCCAAGGAUCCCGGAAUGCACGGAAGGUUGCACUGUGGUAGUGGGGAACAGGAAGUUCCCGGCACGCGGGCAUCAUUUUUCAGAAUAACGAAAGCCCCAGAACGAUGCAGUCAAGAAGAUAACCUUUGUAUGUCCGUUUCAAUUUACUACUACAGACCGACUUAGAUUAAGUCUGAGGCCGUUAACAUCAACAGUGAGGACAAACCCAGCCUGCCACUCUCCUUCCACACUGAGUACAAACCUACAGUCACUGGGUCCUGAUUGUGACAGUGGAACCCAGUUUGCAAUGCAGGAUCCAGAGAUGGCAUCAGUGAAGCUGGAAGACUGCAGUCAAACACUGGAGCUGAAUGUCAACAUUAAAGAUGAAAAAGAGGUUUCUCAUGGACUAGAAUUAACUCUGAGGCCGGUAACAUCAACAGUGAGGACAAACCCAGCCUGCCUCUCUCCUUCCACACUGAGUCCAAACCCACAGUCACUGGGUCCUGAUUGUGACAGUGGAGCCCAGUUUGCACUGCAGGAUCCAGAGAUGGCAUCAGUGAAGCUGGAAGACUGCAGUCAAACACUGGAGCUGAAUGUCAACAUUAAAGAUGAAGAAGAGGAGGAGAAGAUUGGGACAUCUGUUUCUCGUGGAGACCAUGUUGAGACAUUCUCUACAUCCAGAGAGCAACAGCAGGAAGAUCACAUAGCAAAGAGGUCUCACCACUGCCCACAUUGUAAAGAGAUUUUCCCAAUUCUUUCAAAGCUAAAAAUACACCUAAAAAUUCACACAGUUGAGAAUAUGUAUUCCUGUACUGACUGUGGGAAGAAUUUCAUAACAUUAAAGGCUCUGACAGGUCAUCAGAGAGUGCACACAGGAGAGAAGCCUUACUCCUGCUCUGACUGUGGGGCGAGUUUCUCUCAACUGGGCACCUUAAAACAACAUGAACGUUUUCACAAAGGCUCUGACUGUGGAAAGAGUAUUUCUCAACUGGGCUACUUAAAAACACAUGAAUGUGUCCAUACAGGAGUGAAGCUUUACUCCUGCUCUGACUGUGGAAAGAGUUUCUCUCAACUGGGCCACUUAAAAACACAUGAACGUAUACAUACAGGAGAGAAGCCUUACUCCUGCUCUGACUGUGUAAAAUGCUUCACAACAGCAUCUCAGCUAAAAGUUCAUCAUAGAACACACACAGGAGAGAAGCCUUAUUCUUGCUCUGACUGUGGGGUGACUUUCUCUCAACUGGGCACCUUAAAAACACAUGAGCGUAUACAUACAGGAGAGAAGCCUUACUCCUGCUCUGACUGUGUAAAAUGCUUCACAACAGCAUCUCAGCUAAAAGGUCAUCAGAGAACACACACAGGAGAGAGGCCUUACUCUUGCUCUGACUGUGGAAAGGGUUUUUCUCGACUGGACUACCUGAAAACUCAUGAACAUAUACAUAGGUAGCCUAGUGGUUAGCUCAUUGGGCCAUAAACUGAAAGGUUGCUGGAUCGAAUCUCCGAGCUGUCAAGCUAAAAAAUCUGUCAUUCUGCCCCAGUACAAGGCAGUUAACCCACUGUUCACCGGGCGCCGAAGACGUAGAUGUCAAUUAUGGCAUCCCCCGCACAUCUAAUUCAGAGGGGUUGUGUUAAAUUAGGGAGACAGAUUUCAGUUGAAUGCGUUCAGUUGUACAACUAAUUAGGUAUCCCUCUUCCCUAGUUAAAUACUUGAGUGAAGCCUUACUCCUGCUCUGACUGGAGCGUUUUUCUCAAAUGGGCCAUUUAAAAAGACACAAAUGUAUACAUAAAGGAGAGAAGCUUCAUCAGUAUCCUCUGUGAGACGUCUCACAAUGGAGCCUGAUGCUUGACUGGGUGGUACUGCUUCCCUCUGCAGUUUUCUGUGGGAAUGAGCUGGUAGUCACAACAUUAAGGACACCUGUUAUUUCCAUGAUGUAGACUGACCAGGUGAACUCAGGUGAAAGCUCUGUUCCUCAAUGACGUAGUUUUUGUGUAUUUAUUAUGGAUCCUCAUUAGCUUCCAGCAAAAAAACAAGAAAGUGCAGUUGCAGUGAGCUAAGGAAUGAAAACACUGGAGAAUUUGAAAUAUAUUGCCUCGUCUGAUGAACCCUGGUUCCUGCUGUGUCAUGCUGAUGGGAGGACUAGGGUAUGGAGGAAACCACCAGUACAUGAAUCCCUGCUGUGUGUCAACAUUGCAGGCUGGUGGUGAUGGUGUGGAGUGUGUUCUCAUGCCACACACUGGGCCCCUUGAUAAAAGUGGAGCAAUGUUUGAAUACCACAGGAUAUCUAAACAUCAUUGCCAAUCAGGUGCAUCCCUUAGAUUUUUUUUCAGCAGGAUUAUGCCCCAUGGCACAACGCUUGUCCAGGAAUGGUUCCAAGAACAUGACAGUGAAUUCAGUUUACUGCAGUGGUCUGACAAGUCACCAGAUCUCAAUCCAAUUGUUCAUCUGUGGGAGGAGAUGGAAGGAGCUAUUCGGAGUAGAGAUCCACUCCCAGCCAACUUGAAAUAAUUGUGGGAAGCAUUGGAGUCAACAUCGGCCAGAAUCCCUGUGGAAUGCUCUCAACACCUUGGGAGUCCAUGCCCUGAUGAACUGAGGCUGUUCUGAGGACAAAGGGAGGUGCAACUCGACAUUGGGAAGGUGUUCCUAAUGUUUUGUACACUCAGUGUAUAUCAGAUAAAGAUGUUGGGACAGCAUUUGUUUGGGUGGAUGAUUUUAUAUUACUAAAUACCUUUUGUUUAAUGAUAAACAGACUAUGAAUCGACUACUUGUGUUUAUGAAAUUUCAUCUUAAUACUAGAUUCAUUAUUUUAGUCAUUGAUGAUGAAUGUAUUUGAAUAACUGUAUUGAAGUGAAUUGAUCUGGUGGCAGGUAGCCUAGUGGUUAAGAGUGUUGGGCCAGUAACUGAAAGGUUGCUGGUUUGAAUCCCAAGCCACCUGGGUGAAAAAUCUGGCAUUGUGCCCUUGCAAUUAACCAUAUUUUGUCCCUUAGGUCGCUCUGGAUAAGAGCAUCUGCUAAAUUACAAAAAUCAAAUGAAAAAUUGUUCGUACAUGAAUUUAUGCUGUGCAACCUCUUCUUUUCUGUGUAUAAUUAAAUGAAAUAAACUGUU